UAGAAUACACAUGUAGCUACUGCUAUUAUAUUAAGAUAUCAAUGUUUGUGAUGAUGAGAGCAAUGGAUGUAAUCACACUUGUAUCAAUACACAAGGAAUUUAUGAGUGUCAUUGUAUGGAUGGAUUCCAUUUAAGAAAUAACCAAUGCCAAGAUAUUGAUGAAUGCAAUAAUACAAAUGGUGGUUGUCAGCAGUUGUGUACAAAUACAUUUGGAAGCUAUUAUUUGUUCCUGUAAUACUAGCUUUAAUCUAAGACACAACUCUUUCUGUGCAGAUGUUGAUGAGUGUUCUACUGGUACCAAUAAUUGUAGUCGCAAAUGUGUCAAUGCAAUUGGCUCAUUUCACUGUGAGUGUUUAUCUGAUGAGGUAUUGUCUGAUGAUAGAGUUAGUUGUAAAGUAGCUGGUGGUACUUCAAAUGCCAAUACUUCAAAUCAAUUUGAAAACUCUUUGUACUACACUGUACCAUUACUAGUUAUAUCACUUAUAGGUAGUAAUCAAUUUCACACAUAUUUUUCUACUUUGUGCAUGGCAACUGUCUCCAUUCAUGAUCAUCAUAAUUAUGAGGAAGUUAUGUUUUAGCUAAUUUUAUUUGCUGCUAUUAUACCAAGCUACCUACAUGCAUUUACUGUUACAGAGCUAUUUUUGUAAUUUUUGACAUCAUUUAAUUUUUUUAUUGUUUUACUUUUAUUGAUGU